AUAUAUAAAAGCUCCUCCAAGGCCCCAGAUAACGUUUUUGGUCCUUUUGGGAUUUUUGGCCGUGGAGUUUUGUCUUGUUUUCUUACACACUGAGAAGAGAAGGCCCUUCUUUUGUUAUUAAAUUUCUGGCCUCUUUCUUCUAAUUCAGGCAAACCCCACGUUCUCUGAUUCAUCGAUAACCUCACAAUCUCUCUUUCUUCUUAGCUUUCCCAGACCAUAUAUUUAUUGCUGCCAUUUUCACCCACCACCACACUCUUCAGCUCUUUCAAACUGGGCUUCCCUGAUUCGACCCCUAUCUAUUUCUCUCUGACUCUGUGUCUGGCUCCGUCUGUGUUUUCUCCAACUGGGUAGUCGUCGAUCUCUGAAAAGAAGCGUUCUUGCUCAGAUUCAAAGGGAGGGCAUUUGACUCUGGAGGUUUGAAGCAUUCUAGAUAUCUGAAUCGGAGCAGCCAUUGCAAGAUUUGAUCUUCACACAAGUUCUAUAAUUGAGGGCAUGAGCCCUCUUCUGGGUAUGGAUCACCGGGUAGCACUUGCAGUUAAUUUGUAGUUUGAUUCGUGAGAAUUGCGUAAGAUGGUCUGAAGGCCAAAGACACUCAUACAUCACUCAUUUGUCAAAAGCAUAAAUGUCAGGCAAGAUGAUCAACAGACCGUUGCUACUGACUUAUUUUUACCUACUGAUCUAUGUUCUGCUUUCAUCUGGAGUUAUAUUGUACAACAAGUGGGUUCUGUCUCCGAAAUACUUCAAUUUUCCAUUGCCCAUAACACUUACGAUGAUUCAUAUGGGGUUUUCUGGAUUGGUAGCAUUUUUUCUCGUUCGUGUUUUCAAGGUUGUAGCUCCUGUCAAAAUGACAUUUGAAAUAUAUGCAACAUGUGUAAUACCAAUAAGUGCCUUCUUUGCUUCAAGUCUUUGGUUUGGAAACACCGCUUACUUGCAUAUUUCUGUGGCUUUCAUCCAAAUGCUCAAAGCUCUAAUGCCGGUGGCUACUUUUAUCAUGGCUGUUUUAUGUGGCACUGAUAAACCAAGGUGCGACGUGUUCUCAAACAUGUUGCUGGUCAGUGUUGGAGUUGUCGUUUCCUCAUACGGGGAGAUUCAUUUUAAUGUAGUUGGUACACUUUACCAGGUUACGGGCAUCUUUGCAGAAGCCCUUAGGCUGGUCUUAACACAAGUCCUUUUGCAGAAGAAGGGUUUGACUUUAAAUCCAAUCACCAGCUUAUACUAUAUAGCUCCAUGCAGUUUUGUAUUCCUGUCUGUGCCUUGGUUAUUACUUGAGAAGCCUGCAAUGGAAGUGUCACAAAUUCAGUUCAACUUCUGGAUCUUUUUCUCCAAUGCUCUAUGUGCUUUGGCUUUGAACUUCUCCAUAUUCUUAGUAAUUGGUAGAACUGGAGCAGUUACCAUUCGAGUUGCUGGUGUUUUAAAAGACUGGAUUUUGAUUGCCCUUUCAACUGUUAUAUUUCCAGAGUCUAUCAUAACCAGGCUGAACAUAAUUGGUUAUGCAAUAGCAUUGUGUGGUGUUGUCAUGUACAACUACAUAAAGGUUAAGGAUGUGCGUGCAUCUGCAUCUCAGCUUCCUAUUGACACUAUUCCGGACAGAAUCUCGAAGGAUUGGAAGUUGGAGAAAAAGUCUUCUGAUAUCUUUGUGCCUAAUAAUGGAGGGGGUUUAUCCUCUGAUAUGAAUGUGGACGAAGAAACACCCCUAACUCAAUCAUCAAGGUUGUCUCACGUGGGACGCUCGUCGAGUGGCAGUCAUGGUGCAUGACUCCUUAAGCCAGGAGAUUGAUAUGCUUCAAAAGGAAAAUCCGGAGUCAGAGCAUGGAGAUUCUUUUUGCACUUUAGACCCUUUAUUCUUUCGAGGGAAGAUUUAACACGGAGCUGCAGGGGCAAUUCAUCGUUUUACAUUCAUUUCUCAGAGAUGUAUGCAUGAUUUGCCUGUUCAAAUUUCCAGUUGGUAGCUUAGGACCCAUAGUUCGGGUGAAGAAGCUCACCAUUAAUUUGUCAAGGCUCUUGAUGAGAAAGCCUAGGGGUUUUAUGUCUUAACAAAUGAACGGUAAAUUAGGAAUCAAACAUUUAUCCUGCGGUACCCUUUUUUUCCAUCUGUUCUUUUUCUUGGUUGAAUGUGGGGGUUUGGUGGUUGAAACAUUAUCGGUAAAUUAUGUAGUCCCAUAUUUUACAGAAUGAUUGCUGGUUAUAUGAGAAUUAUAUUCUUUGCAUGCAA